GAUAGAUGAAUUUACAUCAAGCCGUACUGCAAAAAGAAAUGCAUAGGUUUAACAAAGGCACCACAAGUGAAGAAUAUGAAAAUUUUAUUAAGAAUUCUAAACUUUCAGGAUCAAAUUCUGAAAGAUCACUGAGUUCUUAUUCUAGUCAUAAAAACUUUAAAAAUAUCACCAAGUCAAAGUAUAAUGAAGCACCAGCUAGAAGGAGAUCCUAUAACACAAUUGUUGAUGAUUGUUUUUCUGAUAACUCAAUGGGUGUGAAGAAAAGAAUUGAAAUGGGUGCAAGGGUUAAAGCCAUGGCUAAGUUUAGAAAGCAGAAUUAUGCUGAUCUGUCAUUUACUUUCAAAUCGAUUGAAUUACCAUCCAUCCCAGAUGCGAAUCCUUCAUAUUCAAUUGAAGAGGGCAAGAAGAAAAAGAAUAGGAAAUUGGCAUCUCAAGGGACAGACGAUUCUGAUGAUAUGUGAUGCUUUCAAUUACCAAAAGAAUCUAUGGUAGAAGUCCAGCAACCUUGAGCUAAGUUAAGCAAAAAUAUACAAUCUGAGAUAGCUAAGGUACGUUCCUUAAGAAGCUCAGGGAGCUAUAAGAAGCUUAUUAAGGCUCAGAAUAAGGAAGACUCAAAUUUUAAGACUAUAAAAUCUGGGUUUACUGCAAAUCCAAAGCGGUGUAAGACUGAGAUAGAAGACCUUAAAAAUUCAGUUGUUAAUGGUGCUGUAAAGUCAAAGUUUUACUCAUCAUCAACAAUAAAGCUUCCUGAUAUCAAGCAAAUGUCCUCAUCAAAAUGCUUGAAAGAGAUUUCUAGCAAGCCUAGGAGGAAGAAAAUGAGAAGAGUAGCAUCCACUUUGGAAAUCAAGAGUAUUACUCUAGGCACAGGUUCAGAUACUAUGGGAGGUCUAUUGAAUAUAAUGGGUAAAUGCGACUCUCUUUUAGGAGAUAUCAGCGAUUAAUAUGUCUAAAA